CAUAGCCGGAGUUUCCUGUGAGCUGUGCUUUGGAUAGUCUCCAGGCUUCCAAGAGCCCAUCGCAUCCCAGAAAGUUUUUUCCCCUCUGGAGAUCGGUAACUACAUUUUGUCCAGAAACUCUGUCCUGAAAGGGGACUGAAGAAAACAUCCAGCAAGCACUGGGCAAGGAAGGGCAGCAGCAGCAGAAAACGAGGUGGUGUUCACUGUGCCGAGGAUGGAGGUGUACAAUGUAUCCGCUCCCUUCAAUUUCUCCCUGCCACCUGGCUUUGGCCACCGGGCCACCGACAAGGCCCUUAGCAUCAUCCUGGUGUUAAUGUUAUUACUCAUCAUGCUCUCGCUGGGCUGCACCAUGGAGUUCUGCAAGAUCAAGGCUCACUUCUGGAAACCCAAGGGGGUGAUCAUUGCUAUGGUGUCCCAGUAUGGCAUCAUGCCCCUCACUGCUUUUCUUCUGGGCAAGGUCUUUCAUCUGAACAACAUCGAGGCUCUGGCAAUCCUCAUCUGUGGCUGCUCUCCUGGGGGGAACUUGUCUAACCUCUUCACCCUGGCCAUGAAGGGGGACAUGAACCUCAGCAUCGUGAUGACCACCUGCUCCAGCUUCAGUGCCUUGGGCAUGAUGCCUCUCCUCUUGUAUAUCUACAGCAAAGGAAUCUACGAUGGAGAUUUCAAGGACAAGGUGCCCUAUAAAGGCAUUAUGGUAUCGCUAGUCAUGGUUCUCAUCCCUUGUACCAUAGGGAUCUUCCUCAAGUCCAAAAGGCCACACUGCGUACCCUACGUCCUCAAGGGAGGCAUGAUCACCACUUUCUUCCUCUCUGUGGCUGUCACAGUUCUCUCUGUCAUCAAUGUGGGCAAAAGCAUCAUGUUCGUCAUGACACCACACUUAUUGGCUACCUCCUCCCUGAUGCCUCUCAGUGGCUUCCUGAUGGGCUACGUUCUCUCUGCUCUCUUCCGACUCAAUCCAAGCUGCAGACGCACCAUCAGCAUGGAGACAGGAUUCCAAAACGUUCAACUCUGUUCUACCAUCCUCAAUGUGACCUUCCUCCCUGAAGUCAUUGGCCCACUUUUCUUCUUCCCUCUCCUCUACAUGAUUUUCCAGCUUGCAGAAGGAAUUCUCUUUAUUAUUAUCUUCCGGUGCUAUGAGAAAAUCAAGCCUCCGAAGGACCAAACAAAAAUUACCUACAAGGCUGCUACAACAGAAGAUGCUAUUCCAGCAGCUUUGGAAAAAGGUACCCACAACGGGACUACUCCUCCUACACAACCUAGCCCUUCCCCUAAUGGCCUGAAUUCUGGUCAGAUGGCAAAUUAGAAUGUGACAACUUAGAAGCAGCAAGAAAAGAAACACCAAGUUUGCAGUAUUGUCUAGCACUUCCAGCAAGCUUUCAUCAGCAGAACCAUGAAGCCAUGAACUGAGACUGAAGGCCAUCUAUCCAGGGACUAUCAUCCAUCCCUAGCCAAUUUGCUUGUUUCAAUUUGCUAUUUGUUUUAAAGGGUAAACAAGAACUAAGCAAAGUGGUUCCUGCCUAUAAUCCCAAUGCUCAGAAACUCAAAGUCAACCUUAGGUACACAGCAAAACUGUCCCAAGAAACCAAAAACCCUUUUAGUGGCUAUGAACUCUAUGAAGGCUAAACGAAACAGCUGCAUCUGAUAAACACUGAUGUCACUAUUUCUAAACUUUCUAGUAAGCAGGUGUUUUCUUCAUUAAACAUCCACAACCUGCUUCAUGUUGGAACUCAAAAGGAAAUAAACUACAACUCAGUUUUAACUUA